AUGCGUGGGAAAGACAGGGUAACCAUUCAAUGUGGUUGCUGCUACAACUUUGUGGAAGAUAGGCUAGGGAACCCCCCAGGUAUCUUGAGAUAUGAUGAGGUGGAUCCUCUGCCUUCUGAGAUAAAAAAAAUGAUUAAAAAGAUGGUCCGUUGGAGCAUACUACUGGCAGACUUCAUUUUGAAUAGCUGCAUAAUCAGCAUUUACAAUGAAGAAGACUGUAAUCCUCCGCACAUAGACCACCAUGAUUUUGUAAUACCAUUCUACAUGGUAUCCUUCAUGAGCCGAAUUAACAUUCUAUUUGGAAAAGAAGUCGAUAUUGUUGGCUUUGGAGAAUUCAGAGAAUCCGUCGAGAUUCCACUACAAAUGGGAUCAUUAAUAAUUCUAAAAGGAAACGAGACAGAUCUGACAAUGCACUGCAUUUUUAGAGUACGACACCACAAAGUUUUUGUGACAUUUAGAAGAAUGGAGGAAAGUAAAGUAUCGCAUGGGUUCCAUCCAGACCCAGAAUUGGAAGAGCUGCGCCCGUAUGAGCUAUGA